AUGGCCGUACCCGGCGAUUCUCUGAGGUUGGACGCCAAAGCCGUCUUUCAUGGAGGCACUCAGCAGCAUUACAGAACGCAAGCCAAUUUCGACGGAAAAGGUAUACUCGGCCACGGGCCGGCUGGUUAUGGAAACCCCAUCACCGCUGAGGGAAACUACCUCAUUGCCUCACCCUUCUCCCAUCUUUCCAUAUUCUACUUAGCUUACUACCGCACCCAAUCUCCACUUGAGAUGUCACGAGCUUGUGCUCGCUGUUGCGAAAAAGAAGUUACUUGUACCUGGAAAAAAGCCAGAAAAUCCAAGAAAGACGGCCAACCUUGUGACCGCUGCAUCAAGGCGCGACAACCAUGCGACGUCUUCGUGUAUUCAUCCGACCACACUCCCUCCGCGGAUGAACGUCCCGCCACCUCGGAGUCGGAGUCAGCGAAAGAAACCUCCGAUGUCACUCAAAGUUCAUCUCCCCCAACUCAUCAAGCGGGUCCAUCAAACCCUCGGGCGCGCGCACGGCGGAGCAGUCGCCGUCAGUCGACUUCUCAGGCGGCUGAAGAAGGUCUGAGACCUUCCAGUGUGGCUUCUCACUCCAGGCGGGAACGGCCUCAGCACGAAAGAUCAGAAGAAGAGCGUGCAGCCUACCAAGAAUCAUUGCGUGCUUUGUUACGCGAUUGCAGUGCCUUAGUACCUACGACCAAGGAGGAAAAAAUGCGACGUUCCAAACGACCCGGUCAACCACUUGAACAGGAUCAAGCUCGUCAAAAACUGGCCAAGACAUACCGCACGCGAUCUCAAAUGGCUCCAAUACCACUUCGGGGCCCGCAACCUCUGCCAGCUGGCGUAAAACCAGAGCGACCUCAGGCCCAAGGAUCCAGUCGGCCCUCAGGUCAACCAGCUGCUGGGCCCUCCCGGCCUGCAACGAGCAAAUUGCCACCCGCAGAGAGCAGUAGUUCACCAUCUCGCGAGCCUGCCUUCCAGCCACCCCGGCCUGCCAUUAAGAGUAAAAUACCCAAGUCCAAGGUGGCGAAACCAGAUCUUGAACCCCACACCCAGAAACACACCUCUCACCAGCCAGCCCCUGGUCCAUCUCAGCCUGCAGUGUAUCACAACUUGCCCAAGUUUAGAAAAUUGAAGUCGUCAUCUCACCUGCCAGCCCCUCGUCCCCGUCACACCCAGUCUGCAAUUCAGACUUUCAGAUCAGCUGCCCCCAUGCCACCUGCUCCUCCUCCUUCCCUUCACUUUGUGCUCGGAUCCGUGCCAGCGCUCCCAGGAUGGAAUUGGGAGCAUGAGUAUGAAACUUCUCCAACACCCCUCACACUUCGCAGGCCUGCUCGCCCUCCUGCUGCCAUGCCUUCUGUGCCAAAUCCUCCAGGACCAACUCGCGGACGCUACCCGGCAAAUUCUUCAUCACCUCUCUCUGUUUUCGGACAUGGUGUUCCGCCUACCGGUGUUACCGUACGCCGACCGCCGCAACAGGUCCCACCACAAUCUCCGGAGCCCGUUAUCGAGACUUCUCCAUCGCCUAUCCCAGUACGCAGACCGCGUGGAUCUCGUCGUCCGACUACUACUACCACGCCCAUCGACAGCCCCCCUGUCCUUCAAAAUCAGCCAAGCGUUUCCAACCCCAGACCGCCGUCUCCUCGAGGACCUGAAGUAGCGAAUGUCCUCCACCCUCAGACAACCACUUCCAUGGUUGGUCGUGCGGAUGGCGCAGAGAUAAGUCAGCCCGCAGAGCCUCCUCUUCCUCAUCCAAACCUUCCCGAAGAGGGUCAGCCCACUGGAGACCCUGGAACUCCAGCAUUUGUGGCCCGCUUCAAUAGACCUGCUGUUAACGACCCAGCAGCUGGUGAGCUCAGAAGAACCCACAGAGUCAUCCCCGAGUCACUGGUUCAAGCAACCUAUGAGAGAAUCCACCGUACACUCGGAGAACUCUUUCGGCUUAAUCCUGCCCAGUCCAUUGAGGAGCGUAAUGACCGAAUCGCCGCUCUUCGGUACAUCUUCGACGAGUUUCAUGUUCUAACAAGCUCAUCUUUCGAUGCCCUAUGUGAUGAUUGA